UUCCCGUGAGGCACUGCGGCCGCGGGCGGGUUGCCAUGGCAGCGGCCGACGCCGCUCCUGAUGGAAGUCUUCCGGUCCCGUUACUACAGCCCGGAGGAGGUGUCGGUGCACAACCGGCCGGGGGACCUCUGGGUGUCCUUCUUGGGGCGGGUCUAUGACCUCACCCCGCUGGCGAAGGAAUACAAGGGUGACCUCUUGCUGAAGCCUCUCCUAGAAGCAGCAGGGAAGGACAUCAGCCACUGGUUCAACCCCAAGACCCAGGAUAUCCAGACGCAUAUCGAUCCCCUGACAGGCUGUCUGAAGUAUUACACUCCCCAAGGUCGCUUUAUACACAUUCCACCUCCGUUGCCUCGCUCAGACUGGGCCAAUGACUUUGGCCAACCCUGGUGGAAAGAUCCCAAGUACGAAGUGGGGGUCUUGUCAGCCAAAACCAGGCGCAUACGGAUCAUCAACACCCUGACUUCUCAGGAUCAACUGCUUGACGUGUGCUCUGAAGAGACCAUGUGGGAGAUCUUGCACCGGUAUCUCCCCUACAACGCCCAUGCUGCCAGCUACACAUGGAAAUACGAAGGGGUCAACCUGGACAUGGACCGGAACCUGCAGCAAAACCACAUCCCAGACGAGGACGAGGAGUUCUACAACCUCGGCAUGGAUGCUGACGACUUCACCCCAGCCAUCCUACUUUACUUUAAUGACGACCUCACUGAGUUUUAGGUUCAUCGAUUCAGUAUCUGGGCAUCCUGCACUGUUCACAAAGACCUUUCCUCUCGUGCUGUUUCGGAACUGAGCACCGAGCAGGCGGCUACCUGAGACCACAUGUGGUGGAUGGCGUUUCGUGCUGGGCUUGAAGGGCAAGACACGUCCAUUUCCGGUUUUUGAAAACCCGGGUUGAAGUUUUGCUUCUUGUACCAAACAGGGUCAAGCCUGUCUUUCUAGCAUCAUUAAAUGCCUUCACUAUAAAA